CACCGAACGAACCCAAGCCCAAACCCCAACACCCACAGCCCCCGAACAGUCAAACCAGUCCAGAAACAAAUCCCCCAAGAAACAAGACAAAAGAAGGAGGGAAAAUGUCCCUCCCGUCCAAAACCAUCAGCAUACUGAUGCAACCGGCGCCGCGCACGCUGUCAGAAAGCAAAGUCGUGCUCUCGGCGCUGCAGAAAUUCGGCGAGGUCGUAACAUUCCGGAACCUGAAGUACGAUGUAACCAACAAAUCCAAAACCACGCGCCCUAUUAUCGCCAUCUUCGAGUCCACCGCCGCCGCCUCCGCUGCCCUCGCUGCCUCGCCGCUUUGUAUUCCUCUUCCUGGUCAGCAGCAGCAGCAGCAGCAGCAAUUGCCAGGGGGCGUGGCCCAGCAACAGCCAGAGAGCUCAGCUCAAUCUCAGCAUGAAAGCGCAACCGCAACCGCAACCGAACAAGAAAACCUAACCCCCACCACCACCUCACAAGAAACACCUCAACCCCAAUCUACAUCUACACCUACAAUCCACCCGUCUGCCCGCAUCCGAACCGGAAACCCCACCCCGACCCCACCCCCAGGCCAUAUCAUGUGCAGCCUUCUCUCCGCACGGCACAACCACGAUUUGGCGGUGCGCCGGAACCCAUGGCAGGGGGGGUUCGCGCUGGAGCGGACGACGCACCCGCACAUGUACGACGACCUGGUGCGGACGGGGAUUCCCCUAGCGGAGUUGGCGGAUGGGCCGGCGGGGCGGAAGGGGUCUCCGUCGCCGUUGGGGCCGUUCCAGGUGGCGCGGGACAAUCAGCGGUGGGGGGCUGUUUCGUUGAUGGAGUUGGCGGAACGGGGGAGGAAGUGGGCGGAGGAGGUGGGUUCUUAUGCAUCGUCUCCGGUUAUGGUCCUGGACGAGAUGGAAAUAAAGAAGAAAAAAGUGGAGAAGGAGAGGGUGAGGCCUUGGGCGUCUAGGCCUCAGAAGGGAACUUCUUAUUAUUAUAUGAGGACGGAUUCUGGGGAUGCUUCUUUUGAUGCUUGA